AUGUGGACUAGUCACGGAUCCAUAAACAGCGGUAGGCCAAUCCGAACCGAGUCUGAGACAAAUGCCUAUUCAACACAACUCGAAUCGAAAUACGACCCUUCCAUUUUUUGUGAAGCAAGCAUAUCCGAAGAUCACAAACAUGUCGUUGAGUCAAGUCCAAAUCGAUUGCCUCUCUUUAAAAACAAUGAUCUCGAUGACGAGGUUUCGCCUGCCGAAAAUGCUUUUAUUGCUGAGGAGGAUAGCACUGAACAUGAAUCCGAGGAUGGCAAGGCGAGUCUACUCGCUUGGGGCGCUUUCGAAUCGUCUAACAUGUACGAUUUUACCUUUUCCAAGCAUUCAGCUGCUGUGCAACGCGUUAGAGAGGUCCUCUUUUCCGGCUUCGAUGAUGACAAUGAAGAUAAUCAAGAACUAGUUGAGAGUGAUAUCAAAUUGCACCCUGGAAUACCAGACUGUUCAGUCACUCGGAAACGAAUGCUAAUGGUCUCAGCGCAAGAAGAUAUAGCUGACGAUUGUAAUUAUUUUAAGAGAUCACCCGAUGUCGUC